AUGCCACCAGCGGAUCUGACUCCCAGUCUGACCAUCUCAGACAUCCAUUCCAUGAAGAGAGACCAGGCCCUGGAGAUUCUUGCCCAGAUUUCACGCGUCGAGAAGAAGACCUUUCCCGCUAACGAGGCAUUCAGUUUCGGUGAGGAACUCUGGCGCAAGAAACCCAACACGAGGGUUCUGUAUGUGACCCGUGCACCACCGACUCCGGGUGAUGUCCGCCCAACCUUGCUGGCCUAUGCCGUCUACGUCCGUCAGAAGGGAAUAGCCCUACUGCACAAAGUUUGCGUGGGUGAAGCCCAUCGCCGCCAGGGUGUCGCGAUGCGGCUCAUGAACUAUAUUCGAGCUCGUCUACAGAGCGAGGGGUGUCAGCAGAUCCAGCUAUGGGUCGACAAAGCCCGCUCGCCCGCUAGAUCUCUAUAUGUCCGCAAUGGCUUCAAGGAGCGUGACCAGAUCCCGGACUAUUAUGCGCCAGGGCCUGUAGCGUGGGCCCUCAUGGCCUUCGGCCCCUCGAUAGACAGGCCCGAUCCCCCUACCCCUCCGCUUUACGCGGUGGAAAGGAGCCACAAGACUUCUCCUUGGUACUUUUUGUUCAAAACUAGGGUGGCUUUGCCUGUCAAAUACCCUCCCUUAAGCCUUCGGGGAAUACGAACGCUAUUGAGAGGGAGGGGUUGGGCCGGCUAUGCUCCUUUGUGGACUCCUGCAAGCCAUCCCUUGCAGGCGCGUGCAUUCGCAACGUGA